AAACAAAGAGAGUACAAAACUAGACAAACUGCUGCAGUGCUGCAGUUUCGCAUCGUAUUUCUUUGUUGUAACAACAAGUGUCCGCAAUUUUAAUACAAACGUUCACCAAGGGUAAUUUUUAACAAUGGCCGCCAACAGCAAUAUCAACAACGAAAUAGAGUCCACAGACCAGGUAGGCAUUCGCGUCGAGGCUGGUACCAACACAGACGACUUAACCGAUGCCUUUGGCUCCGUGGGCUCAAGCAACAGUGCAUCGACCUCGACAAAUUACAACCAAAGUAGCUUUGGCAGCGGCGCCAUCGGUCAGCUGGCAUUGAAUGGCUACGGUUCGUCUGGCUAUCACAAAUAUGUAGCCAAAAUGGUGACCGAUCGACAUGCAGCCGAAUACAAUAUGCGGCACAAGAAUCGCGGCAUGGCCAUCAUCUUCAAUCACGAGCACUUCACUGUGCAAUCCUUGAAGGCGCGCGCAGGCACAAAUGUCGACUGUGAGAACUUGUCUCGGGUGCUCAAGCAGCUGGAUUUUGAUGUUAGUGUGUAUAAGGAUUGUCGCUAUCAGGAGAUUCUGAGCACAAUUAAAUAUGCUGCGGCACAGAAUCAUGAGCACAACGAUUGCAUUUUGGUGGCCAUACUCUCGCACGGAGAAAUGGGCCAUAUAUAUGCGAAGGAUACGCAAUAUAAACUGGAAAAUAUCUGGAGUUACUUCACAGCCAAUCAUUGCCCCACACUGGCGGGCAAGCCCAAGUUGUUCUUUAUACAGGCCUGCCAGGGUGAUAGUUUGGAUGCGGGCGUCACCAUGGUAUCUGGUCGCACCGAAACGGAUGGCGACUCCUCUAUGAGCUACAAGAUACCCAUCCAUGCCGAUUUCCUGAUUGCCUACUCCACCAUACCGGGCUUCUAUUCGUGGAGGAACACCACACGUGGCAGUUGGUUCAUGCAGAGUCUGUGCGCUGAGCUGGCCGCCAAUGGCAAGCGUCUGGACAUACUCACCCUGCUCACCUUCGUCUGCCAGCGUGUCGCUGUUGACUUUGAGUCCUGCACACCAGACACUCCAGAAAUGCAUCAACAGAAGCAAAUACCCUGCAUUACGACAAUGCUAACACGCAUUUUGUUAUUCAGCGACAAGGAAAAGGCACCGGCCGCACGCAAUUAACUUCAGACUAAUCGAGCUGCUGCUGAAGCAGAGUGAUAAAAAAAAUUGGAUAUGCGAAGACCUCAAAACAAACACAAAUAAUUACUUAAUUAAGCAAAUUCUGAAAAACUCGAAAAUCUUACAUUUUUUAUACAAAUGGAAAACAAAAAAAAAACCUGGUGCAAUUUUCCUAUGCCAGCUCCUGCCAUGUCUUUGUCUUUCCUGCCUGCUAUGCGUCUCGUGUCCGUCAUAUUUUUUAUAUAUACAUAUAUACUUAUAUAACAAUUUAUAUCUCUUAAUCUUGUUAAGCUCAAAACUUAAUUUCUAAAGUUUAUAUACAAAUUUUUACUUUUAUAUUUACACUAUAUAAUUUUAGAAAGAAUAAAAUGAACAAUUAUUUGACUUGCUAAAUAAAGUAUAUUAAAUGAAAUGAA